GUGACUGAAAAACAAUACCUCCGCAUUUGCUAAAACGGAGGUAAUAAUCCUUUCUACUAUAGGCACAAAGCAUGACAUCUCGGGGGAGGUGGCUAAUCGAUUAUAUCGACUCCGAAAGGAUGAGAGGCAAAUUCGAACUCAAAAUGUAACCACGAGCGAAAUAUCGCUAAGCAUUUCGUCCAGGGCGCUAACGAUUCUGCCAAUAAAAUCAUACUGGUGUCGAUUAAAUUUUCCCCCGACGAAUAAAGGACAAUUUCUCAUAGGCGAAGGACAAAGAAAAAGAUAUUACGAAAAAUCAAAACAAAAAACUGUUCCCCUCUCUCACACACAAUCGUAUAUUAUGAUAGUGAGCGUUCAAUUGUUCGAUCAACUAAACUACACACUUAUUAAAAUUGCACGUAAAAAGUUGAGUAUUUUACCGGGACGUGUACCCUUAACGUAACUCUUGAGCAGAAACAAAAUAGCAGUGAGCGAUAAGAUCGCACCUUUAGAUUACUUUUGACAGUUUCUGUCUACCCAAUUUCAUUCACAAAGUCUGGGCUAAAGAUACUUGCCCAAGACUUCACGGUAGGAUCGAACCUGAAGCCUAGUGAUUGAAAACCGGAGCUUCUUAAUCAUUCAACCACGCUGCAUUAACUAACUACAAUACAUUUUCUACUGACUUGAUUAUUUUCACUUCACGUUUUAUUGAUUUUUUUUUUUUUUUGCAUAGGCGCAAGGCCUGAACAAACUUAACAUUAAAUGAAAGCACAUACUUUGAAAAUGUAACUGGUUUCAAUUUUAACCUUUGUUCUGGUGACCUAGUUGCGUGAACCAACCAAGACAUAAAUUAAGAAGGACUGUAUAUAGACAGUGAUGCUGUUUUCACAGGUAGCAGAUGAGUAGCUUUCCGCUAGAAAGUCACACGGACUCUUUGAGCAGAGGGAUAAACGCAUUUUUAGCAGUGUUAUACUUCUGUCGCCCUUCUCCCACUGUUUUUUCUUCUUUUUCUUAACUUCAUACAAACAACCCCGAAAGGAAAGUUCGCAGGAGUCAAAAAGUAGUAAAUUACAAAAUUUGGAAGAAUGAAAAAAAGAAAAUGCAAGCACUAAAGUAGAUAUCAAUAUAAAAACUCAACAUCUUUUAGCAGAUACAGUCCAAGUAUUUCCAAGAGGCCUUGCAGUAUAAUUUGAUUCCUCAUCAUUAGACUAUUCAACAUGUUGAUCCAAAGAAUUAUCAAAAACUAUGAAUACCUGCAUCACAGACUGUUGCGGAUAUCCAUUAUUCUAAAUCUCUUGGUGCAGAUGCUUGUUGUCAACUACCAGUUGGUAUAUUACAAAGAAACACCGACAUAUUGGUGUCUGCUGAUAGCAGAUAGUAUAUACUUAGCUCUGUUUAUUGUUCAUAUUCACUUUACCUAUAAAAAACAUUUUGAAGGCUAUGAGUUACCAAAUCAUGAGUUUAAACAAAAUUUUCCCUUUGGACCACUCACUUGGGUGAUUUAUGCAAUGGUUUUAUCAAGUAAACUGAUAGUGGUUUUCACUUCCUUUGCAGCAGAGAUGGAAGAUGAAACUGGAAUCUAUAGUGCAAAUGCACUGAGAGCUAUGUUUGGUCUGACAGCAGUUGUAUUCUUCUUGCUGCUGAUGUCUCACGUACAUCACACUACACCUGAUAGACUGAAAACAUUUAUAUAUACAGUUGGAGCUACAGUGCCUAUAGAUUUAUUAGAUACAAUGGAUAUUAUGGAGUUAUUGUAUGAAGAAGAAAAAACAAGACGAAUAUCAGAAGGUAUGGUAUAUAUGAUAUUGGUGAUAAUCGUUGUCAAUCUAAUGAUACCAAUGUUCCCAUGUACCAUUCUCUAUAUUCAAGAGUUUGGAAGUAAACAUAUUUUUGUACAUUUAAUGAUUGCGCAAAAAGUGGUCCAAAUUUUUAUCAUUAACUUACUGUUCAUGUCCAUUCGACUGAUUCUGUGGCAACAAUUUGGUGAAGGAUUUUCAGCUUUCAUUAUUAAAAAUAUCUUAGUUAUGGGAAUAUUAUCAUAUGAUCUGUUUCGUAUUUGUAAAGAAAAGGCAGAGGAUGAACAGAGGGAAGAACCAGUAGUUAAUUACAAAGAAGGAGAAGUCCAUAUGUAAUCUCUGCCCAUCACUAAGUAUAUUUCAUUGAUUGCUUGCUUUCAAACAGAAAAAGCUUGAUUUUCCUUCUUGAAAAAGAAUUAUCUGUGACUGUUAUUUUAAAUUGCCUGCUUUCUUAAUAAUAUGCGUUACUUAGAUAUAUCCUCUUUCUCCAUUAAAAGUCUCAAACAAAAAAAUCUAUCAUUCAUACACAUGAAAUCACACAAACAAGAUACUAAGGUGUCAUGAUUGAAAGCGAGUUACUUUAAAUGUGUCCUCCUUUAAAUAACUUCACGUCUCAUAAUACUUUCACCAUGUAAGUAAUUGAAUUAAUGUUUGGUGUUCUGGGUUGAAGAGUAAAAGAAAUCUGUAACUUGGAUUUAAACCAGCCAUUUCUGGCCAAAAUAUUCUACUUGUUUUAUGUUCAAACUGGUCACCUACUUUACAAUAUCAUUCUGAAAAUUAACAAUUACUUCAUCAAAAUUUCAAAGCUACAAGAUAAUGCAUGAUUAGUUCAAAAGAAUGUGAAUAAAUAAACCUUCCCUUUGACAGAAUAUUGUGAAUGCUAAAUGGUUAAAGAACUACUGCAAGAUGAGAUAUUGAAAACAAAGAUACACAUGACUCAACAAGAAUUGAAUUGGCACCUUUCAUAAUAACACAGAAAAGAAAUGUUAACCAGGAAGAUACAGUUAGGCAUCUACUUCAUGAAUAUAAACAGAGAAAGUAAUAUGAGAGCUAUAAAUUACUUGUGACAUUGCAAUAGAAAAUUCAUCUUAUGCAAAUAUAAAAGACAUUAUUAGUGUUGCUGUUCCAAAAUAACAGUACCACAAUAAUUUCCUAAAAUGAUUGGAGAAGAGAAUCGUAUAAAAAGCUACUCAUGGGAAUGACUGCCUCUGCUGGAAAAAAACCCCAAAGAUAUCAGAGUGGCAAUGAAUAAUGCAACCAGAGUUUUAAAUAUAAGGAAUACUAGCAGGAAUACUGCUGCUAUCUUAUGAGAUAGUGAAGAGAAUAUAAAUUGUUGCAAAGGGAUCUGACAAAAAUGCUAUAUCUGAAGCUAAGGAGGAGAAUUGCAAAUUAUUGCAAAAUUGCAGUUACUGUACAAUUACUGAAAUCAAUGUCUAAAUUCAUGUUGAUGCUAAAGAAGAGAAUCAUAAUUUUUCAUGUAGCAAAAAAAAAAGACAAAGGAAAAACUUUCAAAGAUUUUAAGUGUUACUGAAACAUUAUAAACCAACAGUUGGGAAGGAAAAAAUGAAAUAUGAUUCUCAAGUGACUUCUUCCUCUUCUUCACACACAUCUCAUCAUUAUCCAUUACACAAAGAUUUGUAUGCCACUACCCUAUAAAAUAUAACCCUUUGAAAAUGUAUUGCUGAAUACUCAUAUAUCAAAUAACAUUGCCAUGAUAUCUCAAAACAAAUAUUAACAUAUAGUUCGUGAUUGGAUUUUACAUACAGCUUCCAAAGAUUUCAACACAUUUCAGUAACUUUCCCAAAAUGUUUAACAAAUAACUAAUGUAGUUUUAAUUAGAUGUCCUUGAAAUUAGUUUACACUGUGAUAAACUUGCAUGUUCAGAUAAUCAUAAAGGAUUCUGUAACAAAUCUUAUUGUUUUAUAACCCACAAAUAUGGAAAUACACACUGGUUUAGUGAGAAAUACUAAGUCAAACUUCAACAUUAACUGAGCAUAGAAAGAAAGGAGCACGAUACAACUUUGUGUCUUGGAAAACAACAUACAAUCAAAAGAAUUAAACUAUAUGUUUAUCACAGAAUAAACUGACAUUUAAAAGAAAAUGUGGUAUAUCACUGUUAUAUUUACUAUAGACAAUAUUAAUGCAUGGUUGUAAAACAAGUUCAAAUCGUGUUUAUACAGAGAUUUGCUUAAAAUAUAUUUCAAAAUCGCCUUUGAUAUUGCAUGUACACUAAAUCCAUUUACAACUGUAACAAAAGUAUUUGCAGAAGGUGAAUCCUAAGUAAACAAUGGAGAAAGAUUUUCUUUCAGGUUAUUUACUAAAGACUAUGACUUCUUGAAUAAUCAAAGGAUCUAGUUCAUGAGAAGUUUUCAGUCAGAUAAACAUCGAAUCAAUUUUGUAAAAUCAGUUUCUCCUCUACAACCUAUUUAUUAUUUUGGAAAGAAUUUUAUAUUUAUCACAGUUGUUAAAAACACAGAGCCGAAGAUACAGCAGAAAAGAAAUGUGAAUAAUAAAGAAUUUUUGUAAUGCUUCUGAAUUUUGUUUCUGUUCCUCGAGAGUGAGAUAGACUUCACAGAUUAGAGAACAGAAAUAAGAAGAAGAGAUUUAUGUAGUAGCAGAGACAAGUCACUGAGAGUAUAUGGCUGGAUAAAGUGAUGUGCUUGGACUAUAUUGUGGAGUGAAAGAUUGACAAGCAAAUAGAUUGCUUUGUGUUUUUUGUAUUUUUGUUGGGGAAGGGAUGUUAGGUUAGUAACUGUUAAGGCUCAAAAGAGGGACCUUAACCCUGAGCAAAAUGUGAGGUCAUUGCAGGUCAUGUGGUUUAGCAUUAGGAACAUUAUCAUUACAAGUUUUUUUUUUUAUGCUACCAUGUCUCAGAUGAGUCUUCAGUUAACUUCUGAUAUAAGGGUAAAGUAAAUACAAGGUUUCUAGCAGCUACACAGGGUAAACAAUUUGAUAGUAAAUCAACUUAGAUUGUUUAGCAUCUAUUUUCAGCUACACAAACAAUGCUAGCCAUAGCAAAGCCUUAAAGAAUUGUGUUUUGUUGGGCAGAGCAUAAUGUUUCAACUAACAGCGGCUAUCAUUGUAAGUUCACAUACACUGUCUGCCCUGGAUAAAUUCUUAAGUGAAUUUUUAUUUUAGUAUGAUAAACUAUGAUCUUUUUAAUAAAUAAAUAAAAGCA